GGCGGCGGCUCCGGUGCAGCGCCCGCGGCGGCGCUCCCGGCACGGCCCGGGAUGGGCUCCGCGCACUCCGUGCCCGCCGAGAUGCGGGAGCUGGCGGACAGGACGGGCUUCACCUCAGAACAGAUCGAGCACCUGCACCGGCGCUUCAAGCAGCUGAGCCAGGACCAGCUGACCAUCAGAAAGGAGAACUUUGACAGCAUUCCCGACCUGGAGUUCAACCCAAUCCGGGGGAAAAUCGUCCACGCCUUUUUUGACAAGCGGAACCUGCGGCAGGAGUCGGACGGGCUGGCGGAUGAGAUCAACUUCGAGGAUUUCCUGACCAUCAUGUCCUACUUCAGACCCAUCGAGAUGAACAUGGACGAGGAGCAGCUCGACCGCUUCCGGAAGGAGAAGCUGAAAUUCCUGUUCCACAUGUACGACUCGGACCACGACGGGAAGAUCACGCUGCAGGAGUACAGAAAUGUGGUGGAGGAGCUGCUGUCAGGGAACCCCCACCUGGAGAAGGAGUCGGCUCGCUCCAUCGCCGACGGGGCCAUGAUGGAGGCAGCCAGCAUCUGUGUGGGACAAAUGGGCCCGGACCAGGUGUACGAGGGCAUCACCUUCGAGGAUUUCCUGAAGAUGUGGCAGGGCAUCGACAUCGAGACCAAGAUGCACGUCCGCUUCCUCAACGUGGACACCAUCGCUCACUGCUACUGAGGAGGGGCAGCAGGACGAGGAGGAGGAGCAAGAGGAGGGGGAGGAGGAGGAAGAGGACCCAGCAGCAGCUCUGUG